CAUGAACCCCCCGCCCCGCUUCGACAGGAAGCACCCCCUCUUCACCGCGGGGAACAAGCGGCCCCCCGCCUUCAGCCCGAGGGGAGGGGCAGUGUUCCCCCCCAAACGGCCCUUCAUGCCCCCGCGCUACUGAUCCCGGGGCUGCACACCUCCAACAUCUCGACAGCGCUCUCCCUACAGCUACACAUAGUACACACACACACAUACCCAUACCCAUACACAUACCGAAAGUGACAAGAGUAUAAGCUCCAGAUUAUGUCUGUGUGUGUGUGUGUGGGCAUGCGUGUGCAUGUGCGUGUGUGUAUAGAGAGUAGAGAGUGUAGUGUGUGUGUUUUGGUGAUGGGUGGCUGGAUGAAGUGUGUAUGUUUGUUCAUCACCUGCUUCCUGUUCUCCAGGGGCACCAUCGCAGGCUGACACCGCAAGAGAGACAUUGAAUAAAAGCAAAACAAAAGGUGGUUAUCCUCUUCAGACUUAAAUAAUGAUUGUGUGUGUGUGUGUGUGCGUGUGUGUGUGCGCGUGUGGGGGGGUGAAAGAGUGAGAAAAAGAAACAUGGUGUUCAAAUGAGUGAUCCAGUAGUGAGUGAUUACACUGGUGUGUAAAUGAGAGUGAAAGUGUGACAUAUAGAUGUGACUUGAGUCAUGCCGUGUGAUUACAUUGACUGUGUGUGUGGAGUUUGAGGCGUUAACGUUCUUGGGGAGUGUGCGUGUGUGCGUGCUGUCAGAUGAGGUUGAUGUGCUGCCUCUUAACAUCCUCUCCCCCUGUCCUCCUCUUCCGUUGUAUGAUAGUGUAAAUAUGAACGCUUCCUCUCCUCUCCUCUCCUCUUUCUUGUAAAAACUCCUUCUUGUCUUCUCUCCUUUCUCGCUCUCUUUUCUCCUGCACUGUAUCAUGAUGUCCUCUGAGAAUACAAAACUGAACAGUGUGCAUGUUCUCGCUCAUUACAUCUAUUGUAUGUCUCUUGAUUGCAUCGCCAUUACAGAUCUAUGAUGAUUGUGAUGAUGAUGAUGGCUGUGAUGAUGAUGGUGGUGUGGUUGUAUUUUUGUCUGAUUGUGAUGCCUUAGAUUGCGAAUAAAGUGUAUGAAGUGUGCAGUGAUGGGCAGACUGGAUGCAUUAGUUACAAUCCAGUGCCACGUAUUCCAAAUGACCUGUCUGAAUUCAACCAGGUGAUCCUUCAAAUUGGACAGGUAAAGCAGGUCAGUUGGAAUAUGUGGCACUGGAUUGUAAACUUAUGAAUGAAUCCAGUCUGCCCAUCAUUGCAAGUAUGUUUAUCUUACAUAUGCCAUUAUGCCACCACCACACUGCGACAAUACACGCGUGGCCGCAUCUGACAAUAGUCAAAUGAAGUCGGCAGCCUUUUCUUCAACAGCUAAGAUUUUAUUCAAUGACGGGAUCACUGCAUCAGCUGUCGGCACAGCCCCAUCUACGAGUCCUGAGAAAAAUAAACUUCACACAUCUGAGAGAAUAUUUGAAGAAAACUAAAAGGUUGUGAAAAAUUGCAGCAUUAGUUGUCGAGUGUCUUUUUCUGUAGUCGCAAGUGGUGGCAUUGUAGUAAAGACAGUGAAUAGUUGUGUUAUAACAUUACAGAGGUCAAGUUUUCCAUUUUUUCCCCUUUGUUGAAAUUUAUUUUACACUUUUCUUUCUUUCUGAAAUGUUUCAAUUUCACAUGUCUUGUUUUGUUUCUCUCCAAUCUGAAUGCCGGGGGUUUGUAACACUGAACUGUGAUGUAUAAAAGGCCGGCACCAUCUUGCGUGUGUGUGUGCGUGCGUGUGCGUGCGUGUGUGUGCGCGUGCGUGCGCGUGUGUGCGUGUGCGUGCGGGUGUGUGUGGGCUCUUUUCCUCUCUGCUUGAUCACACACACACUUCUGAAGGUCUCUCCUCCUUGUCCCCAUGGCGUGCCUCUCUCAUGGCACGCACAGAAAACACGAAGACCCCAGCAGUGAUCAUGACAACCUUAGAUUACUCAUGAACAGUGUUUCUUAGUGAGAGUGUGAUUGUGGUUGUUUUUGUGGCCUAUUUGUAUUUUUAUUCUUAUUUUUAUUAUUUCACAUGCUAUUAUUUUUGUUUCUUUGCCUUUCCUGAGUAAAAACCGUACAGAAAUAAGUAAAUGGGCUAGGAUUCUUCUGAAGUGUAAAUGCAAUGCACUGUGUUUCACACUUGCUACUAUAUAUUCCACACAUGUUUUGACACCUGUUACUGUGUGGAAACAUCUGUUCCUGAUGCCAAUACUGGCUAAGAAUGGGUGGAGUCAACCUCGUCAUCUUAUGUAGAUACUAUAACCUUAUUAAUUAAUGCAUGUACUCAACCUAGUUUAGAUGGACAUAUUUGAAUUGCAAUGCUGAAAUGUUCAACACCUGAGAACUGCGAAUGGUGUGUCUUUCUUUGUGUGUUCUACAUGUCAUUCAUUCACCACAUGGAAGUGUUGUAGAGAGCAGUUGAAUUAUCAGAACAAGAUAAUCUGUUAAAACACUCAAACACACACAUUCUCCCCUUUAUUCACAUGUACUGUGAACACAUACAGUAGCAUUACUCCCACAGCCAUGGCCAAACUCCUGCAUGAAGGAACACACACACCAGCACACACACCUGAAAUGUGUAAUGCAGAAUCUUAGUCAUGUCUUUUGAUGGUAAACAACACAUUACAUUCACACACACACACACGAGAUUUAUUUUUUUAUUUCUCUUUUUUUGUUUUGCUACAGAAAUGCACAUCAUCUAACUUUAUCUGGCCCAUAACAUUUGAAAUACACAUUUAUUUUGGGUUUUAUUAUUUUCAUCAGUAUUCCUUCCAACACUUGGCUCUUCCCACCUCACACUUAAGAGAACAUUUCAUUUUCUUUCUGCUGUGCACAGUGACCGCUUUGCAGUACGACCCUUUGAUCAAAUUGUCGUUUAAUGGGUAAUCGUUUCUCACAACUAGUUCCACUCUGUGCCUCACAUACACAUACUAUAUUAUAUGAUGUGAGUAUUCGAGUUCUGAAUGAAUAAGUUCAUUCAUUUUUUUGGCUGUAUAGGCUAUCGCAGCAUCAGUACCACUAAUUCACAUAUUGUUAAUAUCAAAUCACAGUAGGCUAUAAUAAACUUGGCCAUUUUAAAUAUUACAUGAAGGCAACGCAUAUUAUAUUUUUUAUUUCCAUUAGGCCACCAUUCUCAUUUUAGAAAAACAGUCUGUCUCAAGACAUUGCGUUUCACGCCUUCAACAACCCAUCAAACUUUUAAUAGACGAUGGGUUAAACACGAUUUGAAGCAUGAUAGUUCAAUAUUCAAACUCGUUUUUGCUCUUUUACAAAAUAGUACAACCACAAUUAAUUCUGCCAGUUAACUUCAAUUUGAAGAAAAACUAAGCAAACGACCUAUGUGCGCGCACAACCUCCAUGAGUGCGUCAUAUAAUCGCCCCCUCGAGCCUACUGAUCACACGUUCUUUCCAUCCAUAGUUACUAUUAUGCAUGGACAUGGAAUCGCCAUGCCAACUUCUCGGAUCUUUAUAAAAAACAAUGAAGUUGGAAUCCCUUAAUGCACACCCGUGGCAUGAUAGCCGUGCAUCUCGUCUGUACAGUGAAGUGUCUAGUCUCCGUCUGAUCCGAAGUGGCCAAUCAGAGACACUGCAUAUGUUGCUAUGGGCAGAUCUAGACAAUACUGCUUUCCUCCCCUCAUCAGUGAUGGGUCUUUUCUGCAUCCAGUGUUUGGGUUAAUUGGUAGGCGUUUGACUGGUCUGCAUCGGCAUUAUAUUCUCGAAAAUAAACAUCUUAUUUUUGCGUUGUAGCAUUCAAAACCGCUUAUUGCGAGAGAAGGGGCACAUUUUGAGUUUGCUGCAGGAAAUCCACAUGGUUUGGAUAUCAGCAGAAUCCUGAUAUUUUCCUCUCUGGUACGUUUCUCAACGCAAUGUCAUCACGCAACUCUCUUUCCAUUGGUUCAAUUCAUGGGUUCCAUGCUGCGCCCUCCCCCCUGUUUAGUUCCGGGAUCAUGGCGUCGGACAACGAGUGUGAAAGACACUGGAUGUGAAAUUAUGAAAUAUAGUUUUACCUUGGCCUUACCAAGAUGAUAUUGGUGACGUUUCUGCGUUGGCCGAUGUGCCACAGCACAGCUCGGUCAGUGCUGCGGAUUCAGAGACGCUACAGCCAGCUGCAGCCCUCCGCCAGUGUGUCCGGGCGCCUGCGGACCUUCGAGGAUCUCCUUCGGAAACGGUCUGUCCCCCCGCCCGACACUCCAUUGUCAAUCACCCUCGCCGAUGGCAGCACGGUUAAGGCCACCGCGGGGGUCACGACCCCGCUGCUCCUGGCAAAGAAUGCUCGUGUGAAAGGGGCGCUCGUGGCUAGAGUGAAUGGGGAGCUGUGGGCUCUACACCGCCCUCUGGAGGAGGACUGUGAACUGCACCUGUUGGGCUCGGACACCACAGAGGGGAGACAGGUGGCGUGGCGUACAGGGGCGUGUGUUCUGGGCAGGGUGAUGGAAACACACUUUGCAGCUCAGGUGUGCAGAGAAGGAGUGUCAGACACAGGCCUCUACUGUGACUACCAGCUGGACAACAGCUCUGUGUGUCUAGAUGAGGUUGCGUCUGUGUGUAAGGAGGCGGCCUCUCUAAAGCUGCCCAUCUCCACUGUGGAGCUGAAUGCAGAGGAGCUGAAGGAACUCUUCCAGGACAGUCCUCUCAGGCUACGCUUGGCUGAAGAACAGAUGGUCGGCCCUUCACUGUCUGUCUACAGGUGUGGAGAGACUAUUGGAGUGUGUAAUGGCCCUCUUCUACCCAACACAGGCUUUCUUCGAGCAUUCAAGAUGCUACAGAUGUCUCCGGUCACUCUGUCAGGGUCAGAGGACUCUUGUGGGGUGAUGCGGGUGAUGGGCGUGGCGUUUCCUAGGCAGCAGGAGAUGGACGUGUGGGAGGAAGAGCAGGAGGAGGCCAGGAGACGGGACCAUCGUCGCAUCGGGAAGGAUCAGGAUCUCUUCUUCUUCAAUGAUGUCAGCCCUGGCAGCUGUUUCUUCCUACCCAAAGGAGCUCACAUCUACAACACACUCACAGACUUCAUAAAGAGUGAGUAUAGGAGACGUGGCUUCAGUGAGGUGGUGACGCCCACCCUAUUCUCCACGUCGCUGUGGGAGCGUUCGGGCCACUGGGAGCACUAUAGCGAGAAUAUGUUCACCGUGACCUCAGACCCCCACACCUUCGCCCUCAAGCCCAUGAACUGCCCCGCCCACUGCCUGAUGUAUGAGCAGCGAGUGCGGUCGUGGCGGGAGCUUCCUCUGCGCUGGGCCGACUUUGGUGCACUACACCGUAAUGAACACUCGGGGGCGCUGACCGGCCUCACGCGCGUCAGACGCUUCUGCCAGGACGACGCACACAUCUUCUGCACACCUGAACAGUUGGAGAGUGAGAUCUCGGCGUGUUUGGAUUUCUUGAGGAGUGUGUAUCGUGUCUUCGGCUUCUCCUUCCACUGCCUGCUCUCCACCCGACCCACGCCAUGCCUGGGGGAGCCGGAGCUGUGGGACAACGCAGAGAUGCAGUUGCAGCGUAGUCUGGAGGAGUUUGGUGAGCGUUGGGAGUUGAACCCGGGAGACGGAGCCUUCUACGGCCCCAAGAUUGACAUCCAGAUCCGCGACGCGAUUGGUCGACAGCACCAGUGCGCCACGAUCCAGCUGGACUUCCAGCUGCCAAUCAGGUUCAACCUGGAGUAUGUGGGGUCUGAUGGUGGUAUGCACCGGCCCGUGAUGAUCCACAGAGCAGUGCUUGGUUCUGUGGAGAGAAUGAUCGCCAUCUUAGCUGAGAACUUUGGAGGGAAAUGGCCCUUCUGGUUGUCUCCAGCGCAGGUCAUGGUGAUCCCCAUAGGUGGCGAUAGUGAGCAGUAUGCUCAGGAGGUGGUAUGCAAACUGAAAGCAGCCGGCUUCAUGGCGGACGUGGAUGACGAUCCUGGCGCCACCUUAAACAAGAGGAUACGCAGCGCACAGCUGGCCCAGUAUAACUACGUCUUCGUGGUUGGUGAGAAGGAGCGAGUUGACGGUUCUGUGAGUGUGCGGACGAGGGCGGGGCAACAGCUAGGCCGACGCCCACUGCAGGAGGUGAUGACCUCACUCAGGGAGCUACAAGACAGCCGCACCAACCAGGAGCACUUCUGAGCACACACACACACACACACACACACACACACACACACACACACACACACACACACACACACACACACACACACACACACACACACAGCAACCAGGACCACUUCAGAACAAACACACUCACACACACACACACACACACACACACAUACACACACACACAAAGAUCAACCAAGACCACUUCCGAACACACACACACACACACACACACACACACACACACACACACACACACACACACACACACACAAAGAUCAACCAAGACCACUUCUGAACACACACACACGCACACAGCAACCACGGCGACUUCCGAUUACAGGCAUACGCAAACAUACACAAAUUACAGAGCUUAACGUGCUCUGGACUGGACGGACAGGCACACACCUCACACAGUUCUGCAAGUGGUCUGGUAAGUGGUCAGAAAUAUGGAGGGAAGUGAGUAGGAUGGAGUCCAAUGUGAAGAGACUUUUAUAAUAAAGUAAUUUAAUUUGUA